GACGCAUGCUGGCUGAGUGAGUGAGUGACUCGCAUGAGUCAAGUGUCGUGAGUGUGCUGAGUGCUGAGAUGAGCCGCGCCUGCGUCGUCUGUUUGCGCGCCGCGUAUGCUCAUGUGGAGCGCUGCAGUAGGCACCGUCGCACGAACGUCAAAUCCCAAGCGUGAUCGAUCGCGCCAUGCUGGCUUUCAAGCCGGAUCGUGAAGGAGCUGCAGUAAGCUGCUCGCAGCGUACACUCAUGACUGCCGUCAUCAUCUCAGACAAUGAAGUCCGUCUAGAAGCCCCCUUUAUCGUCUCUGGUACAUCCUUCUCUUCUCGUCAAGGCGCUGCUUGGCACGCAUGCCACCGCUCGAAACGGAGCACCGAUCACGACGUGUUCCUUCUUCAUAAGGGCUAGGGUUAGCCGUCAACAUGUCCUCAGAAAUCUACACGACCACUGCUGACAAUGCAGAUCAAAGCUUGGCUUGCCCAACGACGAAGUCUACGACCGUUCAAUCGUCCGCACUUCCUCCCGAGCUGAUCUCGCGCAUCUUUUCUCAUGCUGAUCCAUCCACACUGCUGCUCGUCCUUCGCACCCUGUCUUCGUACUGGAGAAAUGAAAUCGACACGCACGUCUUGCCAAACCUGUUUGGUAGGGGAGAAUGGCGAGUCGGGCUGCGCAUCGCCAAGAAGCCCAGAGUUGGGCAUUUGUGGAGAGGACAGCUUUGGCGAGGCCCGACAGAAUCAAGAUCUGCAGCUGAGCAUCACGAGACCUCCAAUGGAUUCAGCAAUGGACAGCCCGCGGCUGCCAACGUUGCAAAUGAGCAGCAGUCUAGUGGACUGGCCAACACAUCGACAGUCGAAUCGACCCCUUCAACCUCGGCGGACGCUAGCGCCAGCAGAGGUACUGCGGACAAUUUGCCCGAAGUUGUGCAGGCACGCAGACGCAUCGUCGAAUCCCAACUAGGAGCGCUCGAAGAUGAAUUGGAUGCAUUUCCAGGCAACCCAGGAUCCAGAGCAGGCACAUCUGCAGCGUCCAGUGAAGAUGCGUCGUCUGCGGAAGACUCGAAGCAUCUGGUGCAUGUGCUGCCCUUAUCCUUCAAAGGUGUCGUCAAAGGCGGCUUGACCUUUGGCACGCCGACAGGAGAGUAUCACGCGCUGUUCGAGCACGCUACGCUGCCUCGAGGAUUCGAAAGGGGUGCUGCUUCCAACUCUUUACCAACGAAUGGGCAGGUGGGAGCCGGUGACGUCGCUGGGCAAGGUGCUCGGCCUGUAACGGCAAAUGGAGCAGGCCAUCCUCCCCAACAAGAGGAAGCAGGUCAGCCGGCAGCGGCAGCACCAGCACCAGCAUCAGCACCAGCACCUGAUCCGGCCCACGCUGAGAUGGUGCAGCAACAAAGAGAUAACGCGAGACUGCUAUUGAACUUUGGUAUUGUUUGGAGAUUUCCUGGCGAUGGGACAGAAGAUGAUGAGGAGUGGGGCAUGCCUGAUCCGGAGCAUGGCUGGCUUAGUCAAUUCUACUGUUCUAAAGCCGACGUGCGACCCAUCCCGGGCCCUACAGUUGAGCAGCCCACUCUGUCUGAGUCGGAAGACAGCGAUUCGGACAGCUCGGACGAUGAAGAUGAGCUUGAGGACAUGCGGGGUAGCGGAACGCUCUACUUGUCAGGCAGUAGCGCGGGUCCUCGAUCACAGCGUCAUGGUAGCACCGACAAGGAGCUCUUGCCGUCUGAGCGAAUCAUGCUGGCGGAAGGCAUCGCGCCUCCUCCUCGAUCACAGCAAGUGACAGGCCACUCCACACCCAUCGCACGAAGAGUCAGACAGAUGGUCGAUGCGGGUGGAAGUCGGGUGGAUAGUUCUGGUUUCGCAUCUACGCGAGCAGCGACGGCUGGUGCAGCGAAUCCGACAGCCCCUAGUCUUGAUUGGAGCGACAUGGGCGUAGAGUACAUUCGGCUGGACCUUACACUUGGCAAUGAGUUCUUUGCUAGAAGAUCUCACAGAGCAAACAGAUUGCUUAGAAGGCUGCAAGAUGAAGCUUCUGGAGAAUUCCGGCCUGGCGGUGUCAGCCGGAAUGCUUCUCGGAAAGCCGAGGACAAGGGCAAGCAGCGUGCGAGACCGAGUGGAAGCAGCACACCCGGCCAUCCGCCCGUGGCGGGACUGACAUCCGCGAGAGCUCCUAGCGCCAGGUCUUCUGGCAUCAAUACACCCUCAUAUUCGAGCGCCGCAUCGACCCCUUUGAGGCCGAAGGCGCUGGGAGGUGCGCUGGCAAGAUUAGCCGCUCAGCAAGCUGCUGUGGUCAGCGCACCUGCGGCCAGUAUCCCAGCGCUCGGUUCGGAUCAAGCAUCCCAUCCGACGUCCACUGCCGCUUCACCACGAAUGAGCGAGUUAUCCCUAGGAUCUUCGCAGAAUGCCAUGGGCAACGGACGCCCCACCACGCCGCACAGGUCAAAGCCCACACCUCGUUCGUCUUCGUCUCAAGGUGGUGCGUCAACACCUUCCAAGUACCUCGGCGUCAACCCUGUCUCUACUUCUGCUGGAACAAACUCCGCGAGGCUGGGCAGCUCGUCGGGUCGAUCUACUGGCGCGUCUACACCUGCAAGGAUGCAAAGGAACGGCACGAGCAGCGCGGGCAGAGGAAGAAAGGCGAAUGUGGAGCCUAGCAUGCCUCGAGCCAAAUUUCGAGCUCAUCUUGUCAAGGCGGAGGACCUGAAACCAGCUGAGCCGAGCACAGAUGCGGGGCGACGAAGCAGUGAAUGGGACAGAGAAGAGGACAGGAAGCUUGAUAGUGGUCUCGAUGCCGGUCGCUUGACAAACCAGAAUGGCGCGGCAGCAAAUGGAAACGGUUGGAGAGGCAAGACGGCUUGGGGCACGGGCGCUUGGAGACAUGCCAUGCUCGAUACGGAUCAACCAGCCGGCCUGCUCUGGAGCUGGUCUAGAUGAAGGUCUGCUGGCAUUUGAGCCAGAUAGACCCUGCCUUUGGCUUGUUCUGCUCGACGUGCCGCAUGUGAUGGCGCUGCAUUCGAUCCUAUCCUUCUCAAGGUCUUUGUCUCGGACGCUGUAUAUCAACCUCGGAAAUUUGUCUCGGAUCAUCACGAUGGCCGUCGCUGCCGCUGCCCGCCAU